AUGGCGGAACGAGACACAUAUUGGAUGCACGUUAUCGACACGAACCCUGUUCGAAUGGUGGCCUUGUUCCAUUCCAUUUGGGCUCGAAAUCGCUUUGCUCCGCGCAGUAGGUUCGGGGAUGGUCCAGAGAGCUUUGCUACUGCAGUCGGUACGGUCCUCGAGGUGGCCGACGAUCCUUCGAGAACUAUGUGGGAUAAGUUGGUAGAGAAUGGGAUUACGGAGGAAAUCUGCGCAUGUAUACGCACAGCACAUAAAAUCAAUAUCGUAUCAGAACGGAAUCAGCGAUACACGGAUUUAUUCGACAAGGUGUCACCGUUCAUCAUUUUCGUGGAAAUUCUUGUGAAUGCCGGCCACCACAUCCAGAGCCCUGAAUCACGUACGAAUGGUCAUGUUCUCUCAGUCAUCAAAGAAAACUGGAGCAAAUUGGUGCGAAAGAUGUGGGAUGAUCGUCAGCUUAUGCUCAUACCGAGUCGGCACGAUGAAAGGAUGGUGGUCAUGCGGCUUAUGGCCGCCUUCUUGAAUGACGCUGAUUCAUUUACCCCGUGUAUGCUCAUUGAGCCACACUCAGGGGUCUUCAUCAUCGCCGUCUUUGCAUUCACUCUCAUCCUCCGGCCAGAAGACUGUGGGCCUUUGCCAAAAGACCUGCACGCUCGGAUGCUCAAAGGGACCCCUAAAGGCUCCUUCACUCGGUUCUUCGAACAAUAUACUCGAAAUUUACGGUCGUGUACGGCCUUUGAGCUAUACGGCGGCAUUCACAUGCUUGAAUUCCUAUGUUACAGAUCAUCCAGGGAAUGCGACCCCGAAGCCAAAUUUCUUGACGCCUUGUUUCACUCGCAUAGUCUGCUUUCCUGGUUCAUCGACAUAGUUAAAUCACCUGACACUGCCACACCUACCCUGGGCGAUGAGAUGAGCUCAGUGAUCCAAACAAGUCUUGCUGUUAUCACUUACUGUCUACGUCACAUCAUUGUGGAAGGUUUGGGGGACACUGGCACCGACUUUCUCCGAUUUAUGGGUCGUGCUGAUCUGUUUGGCGCCUUAGAGAACCUGCUAGUCACCAAAGGCGAAACCGUCCGGGACGCAUCUGGAGCCGUGACUGCACUUCUCCUCGACAUCUGGCGUAUUGUGGACUUGUACCCAUCUACUCUAUGCAUUCUUCGCCGCAACUUCCCACGUCCUCGCCUAUUGCGCGCAUGCUUGGACAUAGCAUUCACUUUAUACCCAAUUCGUAAAGGCUUUAUCAAAAUCGAUCUCGCCAAUGAGCAAAGCCUCCAGACACUGUGGAUCUUCCUUGACCACCUCGAAAAGAUGUCGCUCAUGAGCCAUCGAUGCAUGAGAAGGGGGUGCAAUGCACGACGCACGGCUAGGUGCAAGCUUUGUUACGUGGUCGAGUAUUGUGGGAGACAAUGUCAGAUAUUGGACUGGCCAGAACAUCGUGUCAUAUGCGGUUUCAAGAACAACAUGGUACCCACGGAAGCCGCGCUUCUUCCACCAGAAAGGCUCCCUUUUCGGCUUGGGGAGCUUUUUUCAGACGACAACCCUCAAGUCGAGGCUGAAUGA